GCAGUAGACGUGGUCGGUUCCCGUUCGCCGCACGGCAUUACUCGUUGUGCCGCUGUCGCAGACGAACGCUCUCCAAAAACCAGAAGUUUUUCCUGAAUACCGCUGAACUAACAAAAGACUUGAAAAUGUCCAUCUCUGAAUUCAGGAGGAAGAAGCUUCUUUACGUCUUCAAUGUUUUCUUCGAUGUCAAUCAGAGCGGUACCAUUGAAAGGAAGGAUUUCGAGUUGGCCAUUGAGAAAAUCUGCAGUCUCCGCGGCUGGAAACCUGGAGACCCAAAGAACACUGAAACUCACGAGAUUAUGAUCAAGAUCUGGGAAGGGCUCAGGAAGAGAGCUGAUUCUAACAAGGAUGGCCAGGUGUCAGUAGAGGAAUGGGUUUCUAUGUGGAACGAUUAUGCUCAGAACCCGUCCGCAGCAUUGCAAUGGCAGCAAUUAUAUGCUCAGUUCAUGUUUCAACUGGAGGACGCCAGUGCUGAUGGUACUAUAGAUUGUGAUGAAUUCACCACCGUUUGCUCUUCUUAUGGUAUUAACCCCCAGGAGUGUAAGGUGGCUUUUGGCAAGAUGGCCAAGGGCAAGGCGAGUGUCUCUUGGGAGGAGUUCCAGGAUUUGUGGAAGGAAUAUUUCUCUACGGAAGAUCCUAACGCGUCAGGAAAUUUUAUAUUCGGCAGAACUAGUUUCUAAAUUUGAUGUUGACAUUUAGGCCCGCAACUUCGAUCUAGACAAAACCGUCUAUACAUUCCCUUUAGUCAUGACGGACAGUUUUGGCUUCGGGGUCUAUCACACGCGUGUGAAAUUCAAUCACAUUGUUUUUAUAAAACUUGUGAUUGACAAAAUAUAUGUCAAUGUCAUUUUGUGUACGUGUUCAGAGAAUAUAAACAUAAUUUUCUCGGUAAUAUAAUAAUUGUUUGUCUUCUAGUUUCAGCUCAAAUUAGAUUCCUUCGUAGAUUACGUGCUGUACAACGAAUAUUUCACUAUUGACUUCAUUCAUAUCUGUAGUUAUAUUUAGACAUUAAAUUCUUUAAACUAUAUAGAUGCUAUUGCUUCUCUUAUUAAAGAAGAUUUUAUCUCAUUAGAUAUAUGUCUUAAAUCAAAAAUCUUAGCCAAAUCCGCCAUUUAUAAUACAGACGAGACCAACUACAACUGCCUUUGGUCAAUUUAAAGUGGAUUUCUAGUGAAACAGGAGUAAUAAUAUUAAUUGUAUUGAUGUUUAUAUAACUAUGAAAUUGUAUAUGUAUUUGAUCCCUCAAAGUAAUAGUUUCUCUUUAAAAUGUUCUCUCUUAUGUAUAUAUUAUAAUGAAUAAAUUAUGUCAUAUCCAAA